AUGAGACUAAUCACAGUACUAUGGAUAGUCUGUGCCUUCAGACUGGGUAGCGCUGGAUUGGUGGAUACAGUCAUUGAUUGCUUCGGUAGCUGCAUUGGCUGUGUUUCUGGUAGCGACCUUAACCUAUCUCUAGACAUAACAAAGGCUAGGAAUACGGAAAAGGUCCUCGUUUAUAGUGAGAUCGAGAUGAAGUGUCAACACAGGAAAUUUCAGCCCAUUGAUACUGUGGCAGUCACUCAAGUUCGUUACGGCAAUCAUCUUUUAUGGAAGGCGAUGCCUGGCGCCAAAUGCGUCUUGGUAAACACGUACUUCAACGAGUUGGGACACACCCUUGUUCGGCUCGAUUCCGAGAGAGGCGAUAUCUCCAGGUCCGUCUUUGUUCAGAAGACUAACAACGACUGGAAUGAGGUUAACGAACAAGUCUUCAGAGACCAGCUGUGCGCCAUGAGGGGUCGUGAUAGAGAGCCCCGAAGAAGGAAUGAAUACAUGGAUGAGGGGAGCUGGGCCCGUGAUGACGAGUUGCAUUUGGAUGACCAGGAAGACGAAGAAGAUUCUAGUGGAAGGCUUGGAACUACAGCAUCGAGCAGACCUGCAAGAAGAACUAGGAGAAUAGUUGUAGACAUGAAAAUAGACAUUACCGCUGAUGUGGAGGAAGCGCUCGGAGAAAGUCUGGGUGCUAGAAAUGUGCGCCGAAGAGGAUCGACUUCUUCCGUAGACUCCUACGUAAGCACUAGAUCGAGAAGAUCCUCCAGUGAUAGUAUUGUUGUCAAUACGAGGAGAUCCAGAUAGGUGCACAGAUUAUAAAACAACCACUUACACGGGACGAAAUGCCAAAAGGUCAUGCACAAUCCUUCAUUUCUACAAACGCGCUGCUCGACUAUUUAAAUUUUUUAUGAGCACAUGGAAAAUCACGAAAGUUAUAGAGGCAUUAAACACGAAAAAGCAUAAUUCACCUCUUUGUAACAUAGUAUUGUGUCCUAUUAAGACAAUCACAGAGUAGG